AAGGAUCGAUAUCAGCUAAUCAGAAACGCGGUGUUGUGGCUGUGAUGACGUCAGGGCCGCUGCUCAGGUAGCUCCCUGAUCGAUAAUCGGAGGUGAGAGAUGGCGCUGCAGCUUCCGGCCGAGUUGUGGCUGAAGGUGUUCAGCUUCCUGUCCUGGAGGGACAAACUGAGCAUGCGCUGCACCUGCUCAUACUUCAGACACCUGCUGGAUAAGUCCCGCCCCCUGUGGAGGGGCUUCAGCGUGGUGCUGCAGAACCUCUCGCGCUACAACCCCUCGUUCUGGCGUAGCCUGGCUCAGAGGCACGUGGGCAACGUGCUGCUGCGCUCAGGUAAGAGGAAGCACCUGAAGCAGCUGUACACCUGGCUGCCGGCGCUCUGCGGCCUGCGACUGGACGACUGGAGAGAAGGGGGCAUGGAUGAUCUCAGACUAUUCCGCCAGCUUCAGCGACUGUCCGUCACAUCCGGUUCUACACCGCUGAGGAACCUGGACUUCCUGUUUCCUCUGAGUCAGCAGCUGACACAGCUCGGCCUCUGUAAUGUGCAGCUCACCUGUUCUGCCUCUCACCUGUUGGCCGCCAUUGGUCAGCUGACGCGUCUGACCUCACUACUGCUGCACCAUGACGGCAGCCUAAGGGUCCCGUCCCUCAGCGGCGUCCUCGCUCACCUGACCGAGCUCACACACCUGUCCUGGACCAUGAUCACCUACAGGACGCUCCCACAUGACUUCUUCAGCCCCGCCCACCACACAGGUGAUGUUGCACUACAGCUGCUGGACUUGCAGCUGCUGAAUUAUGACGCCGUGGUGACACAGGAAACACUGCAGCCUUUGUCCCGCCUCCGUACCCUGUCAGUGUUCCACCUGUACUCCGUACCUGGACCCACCUGUCACCUGCAGACGUGGCUGACGUCACUGCCACACCUAACCAACCUCAGCAUCCACGGAGGCCACCCCCUGUCAGCGUACGCUGACUUCCUGCCCAUCUCGCUGCUCAGCCUGACGCUGUGCGUGGACCUGCAGCCCGACGACCUGCGGGUGGUCUCCACCCGGGUGCCGCAGCUUGAGCACCUGCACCUGGAGCCCUGGAGCUCAUCAUCCGACCUGAUCAGACUCCUCCCACAGCUGUUCCCUCAUCUGAAAACGCUGCGGAUCAGGCACCAGCACGUGUCCAACGACGACUUCCUGCAGCUGCAGCGACUGCGGCGCCUCGACACCCUGGAGGUUCUGGACUCGUACUACAGACCUGACCCGAGCGACCCAAGCCGGGUCAUCUUUGAGCCAAGUCCUCGUUUGCUGCGGCUGACCUCUGACCUCCAGAGACUGACCAAUCACAGAGUGAGAGUCAUCACCAGCUCACAUGGAGACCUGCUCAGCUGCCACUGUGUCUGACUAGUCAGUGAGAGUCUGCCCGCCGGGAUCAAGGUGUAAAACAAAAUGUGGGCCAUCAUAUCUCCGUCAGCUUAUUAUCCAGUCGGCCUUCAGGAUCAGCCACCUGCGCCCAACAGAACCAUUCACUCAUUCUUUCACCUGCGUCUUCCUCACAGAUACGGUACGAAAGAAAGGACGAGAUCAUCAAAAUCAUCACCAUCAGCAACAUCAUCAUCAGAGGGGGAGGGGACAAGGCAGGUUCAAAGCUUCUGUGUAGUCAUGGUUACACUUAACGAUAUGGCGAGGGUCCGGCCGCAGCUGCCGUUAUCACUGCUGCAUUCUGGGUAACGCUUUACUAAUCAAUCACUUUAUUGAACCUUUUGAUUUUAAGACACUGAAUGUGUUUCAGGACUUUGAAUAUGGUUAAUAAAUAAAAAGUGGGGUUUUUUUUUUAAUUUGAUUUAUUUCACGGUUUGAACUUUAACCUUUUUCUGAGGUCACAUGACAUCUUUGAAUCUUUUGAAUAAUGACACGUGUGUUUUCUGUAAACAUCAAAAUAAAACUUCUUCCUAUUUUGA